CAUGAAUUCCCUCAUCCUACAAGCUAUCGGAAUUGGAGCACUCGCGACUUGCUUGUGGAUUUUCCGCCGCCGCCUCCGAGCGACAGCUUUCGACAAUUUACCAGGGCCUCCAGCCAAAUCCUGGCUCUUUGGCUCAUGGGAACAGUUGUUCAGUCGGAACGCCUGGGAUUUCCAUCGCCAAAUAUCGGAAACUGAUGGAGAGACCAUACGUAUUAAGGGUCUAUUUGGGGCCGACAACCUUUACGUCUACGAUCCAAAGGCCGUGCACCAUAUUCUCGUCAAGGACCAAGACAUCUACGAAGAAACAGCAGGCUUCGUCGGAACCACUCGGUUAACCUUUGGGGAUAGCUUUUUCACUGCUCUCGGGGACCGCCAUCGCCUGCAUAGGAAGAUGCUCAGCCCGGUCUUUUCAAUUGCGCAUAUGCGGGAGAUGGUUCCCCUCUUUUACGAAAUUUCCCACAAGCUCGAAAAUACCCUCGUUAAGAUGACGACAAAUGGUUCAAAGGAGGUCGAUAUCUUAGAAUGGAACACCCGACUGGCGCUCGAACUCAUCGGCCAAAGCGGUCUUGGAUACGCGUUCGAUACGUUAGAGGAAGGGUCGACCCCACAUCCAUACGGCAUCGCCUCAAAGCAGGUCAGGCCGCUAUCGGGCGGGUUCCAUGCAAACACUGCGAAAGAGAUUAUAGCGCCCGUUGUUUCUCGUAUUGCUGGCCCAAGGUCGGAGCUCCGUGGAUUUCGCGAUGUUAUCGACUUGAUGAAUAACACGGCAGCUGAGAUCCUUGAGGAGAAGAAGAAGGCUAUUCUCGCGGGUGACGAGGCAAUGAAGGCGCAGGUCGGUCAUGGAAAGGAUAUCAUGAGCAUCUUAGUGAAGUCUAAUAUGACUGCCUCGCUCGAGGACAAGUUGACUGACGAGGAGCUCCAUGGUCAAGUGUGCUCCAUGACUUUUGCGGCCACCGACACGACCUCGUCAGCGUUGUCACGUAUCUUAUAUCUCCUUGCCCAAAACAAGGAUUGUCAAGCCCGGGUCCGACAAGAAAUAAGGCAGGCCAAAGAAGACAACGGGGGCCAUGACAUCGACUAUGACACCUUGGCCUCUCUUCCUUAUCUGGACGCCAUUUGCCGAGAAACACUGCGUUGGUAUCCGCCCGUCCCGUAUCUGCUACGAAGCGCUCGGGCGGACAUGGUCUUACCAUUAGCAACUCCUGUCAAAGGAAUCGACGGCAGCGACAUACACGAAAUACUAGUCCCCAAUGGUACCAAAAUAUUCGUCUCCAUAAUCUCUUCGAACACAAACCCUAAAUAUUGGGGACCGGACUCCUACGAGUGGAAACCUGAAAGGUGGUUGGAGCAACUCCCAGAUACCGUGACCAAUGCACGUCUCCCUGGAGUGUAUUCCCACUGGCUCACAUUCUUCGCCGGCGGGAGGUCUUGCAGUGGAUUCAAGUUCUCGCAACUCGAAAUGGAGGUUGCGCUGGCACUCUUGAUCGACCAGCUCGAUUUCACCCCUUCCAAAGAACGCACCGUCUGGCAAAUGACGCUUGUCUCCCUUCCUCAUCCGGAUUACGAAAGUGUUCAGCCGAGGCUUCCUCUCGUAAUCAGCAGAGCAGUGUG